AUGGCGAUCUUAGGUCUCUUUCUCUCGCUGCUGUCCCUCUUCGCCCUCAGCCAUGCGCACAACAUCCAGCUGCGAGCACACUCGCGAGAGUGCUUCCACGAGGAGCUGCACAAGGACGACAAGAUGACCGUCAUCUUCCAGGUCGGCGAUAGGGAAUUCGGUGGAAGUGGCAACUUGGACAUCGACUUCUGGAUCAAGUCACCCACCGGCAACAACAUCAUCGACCAGCGAACCGUCAGCUCCGGCGACCACUCCUUCGACGCAAGAGAAGAUGGGAGAUACGCAUACUGCUUUAGCAACGAGCAUUGGUCCGCGAACACGAAGGAGGUCAGCUUCAAUGUGCACGGUAUAGUCUACGUGCCGGAGAGUGAUGCUCCAUUGGAUCCACUCGAGAAAGAGAUUCGCAUCCUGUCGGAUCACAUAGCGCAAGUCAGGGACGAGCAAUCAUACAUGGUACUCCGAGAACGCAUUCACCGCAACACCGCAGAGAGCACAAACGCUCGUGUCAAGUGGUGGAGCAUCUUCCAGCUGGGUGUGUUGAUCGGAGAGGGCGUGUUCCAGGUGUGGUGGUUGAAACGUUUCUUCGAGGUCAAGUCGCCCGGUCAGCCUUCGUUCAACAGAGGUGCGCUUGGCUAA